AUGGACUAUGACCUGCAGACUUUCUCCUCAGCAGAGCUGAAGGCCGUAGGUGCUGUUCAGUUCGGGCUCCUGUCCCCGGACGAACUGCGGCGCCUCUCGGUGGUGCGGGUUGAGUACGACGUAGCGUUCGAGCGUGGCGUGCCCAAGGCCGGGGGGGUGCUGGAUCCUCGGCUGGGGGCAAUCGACCGGAACUUUCCAUGUGCAACUUGCGAGGGGUCGUCGAUCGACUGUCCGGGGCACUUUGGUCACAUCGAGCUGGUCAAACCGGUGUUCAACGUGUUGAUGCUGUCCACCGUGCUGAAAACGCUUCGUUGCGUGUGUUACUAUUGUUCCCGUUUGCUUGUUGAUGGUUCAGACUCGCGCAUGCUGCGGGCAGCGAGGAUUAAGGAUCCCGUCAAGCGUUUUCAGGCGGUUUUUCAACUCUGUAACGGAACAAGGGUUUGUGGCGGAGGCGCCGACAGCUCGGAGGAACAGCUGAUGCUGCCUGCCGCCGUUCUCGAGGCUAGGGAGCGUAUUGGCAAGCCUCGGGAAGGGUGCGGGAACCUUCAACCACAUGUAACACGUGACGGCCUGCGAAUUCUCGCGGAGUUUCCUGACGCGGAGGCCUUUGCAGCCGAGCGCAAGCAGGAGCUUGCCGCAGAGCGCGUCCAACAGAUAUUCCGACACAUUCGUGACGAAGACCUAGAGCUCCUCGGCUUUCAUCCGCGGUUUUCCCGACCAGAAUGGAUGGUUCUGAGCGUGCUACCGGUGCCGCCACCACACGUGCGACCCUCGAUCCAGAUGGAUGCAGUGUCACGAGGGGAGGACGAUCUGACGUUCAAACUGGGCGACAUCAUCAAGGCGAACAAUGCCCUGCAGCGACUGGAGGCGGAAGGAGCGCCCGCCCAUGUUAUUCGGGAGCAGUACGUGCUUCUGCAAUUCCACGUUGCCACAUUUAUGAACAACGAUUUGCCGGGCAUGCCUCGAGCGACACUGAGAAGUGGACGUCCGCUCAAGUCCAUCGCCCAACGACUCAAAGGCAAAGAGGGUCGUGUCCGCAACAAUCUCAUGGGCAAAAGGGUGAACUUUUCGGCACGAACGGUGAUCACUGCAGAUCCGCAGCUGGCGCUUGAUGAAGUCGGUGUCCCGCGCUCCGUGGCUAUGACCCUCACCUACCCCGAAGUAGUAACGCCGUAUAAUAUCGACCGCUUAUGGGAAGCGGUGCGAAACGGACCCAACGCCUAUCCGGGUGCAUUGUUUGUGAUUCGAAACGAUGGCAAGCGGAUUGCGUUGCAGUUUGUGCGCCGAUCGGCGGAUAUCGUGCUCGAACCGGGCUGCGUCGUGGAACGACACCUUCUGAACGGAGACCUAGUGCUCUUCAAUCGUCAACCGUCUUUGCAUCGCAUGUCGAUCAUGGGACACCGGGUGCGCAUCCUACCGUACUCAACGUUCCGCAUGAACCUCAGCGCAACCAGUCCCUACAAUGCGGAUUUUGACGGUGACGAAAUGAACCUUCAUGUCCCGCAGUCGGAGGAGGUUCGAGCGGAAAUCAAGGAACUCAUGGCAGUCCCCAAGAAUAUUGUAUCUCCGCAGGCAAAUCGCCCAGUGAUGGGCAUCGUGCAGGAUUCACUGCUGGGCUGCAUGCUCUUUACAUUGCGAGAUACGUUUUUGGAGGAAGACACGGUCUUUAAUCUUCUGUUGCACUUGCCGCACUUUGACGGACGCAUUCCGGCACCAGCAAUUCUGAAGCCGCGGCCACUCUGGACGGGAAAGCAGAUCUUUUCGCUGCUUUUACCAGACGGCGUGAAUCUAGAGCGCCUCUCCAACGGACAUCCCGAUCAUGAGCGUACAAUCAUGACGCCCAGUGAUACUCGCGUGCUCAUCCAGAACGGAGAGCUCAUCACCGGCAUCGUAGACAAACGCACGGUAGGAUCCAGCGCGGGGUCGCUGAUUCACGUCACCUGGAAGGAGUCAGGUCCAGAGAGAACGAGUCAACUGAUCUCCGAUAUUCAACUCUUAAUCAAUUAUUGGCUUAUGCAGAACGGUAUGAGCAUUGGCAUUGGAGACUGUAUUGCUGAUGCACACACCAUGGCCGCUAUUAACCGAACGAUUCAAGAAGCGAAGGACGAGGUGCGGCAGCUUAUCCGUCUGGCACAAGAGGGUCGCCUCGAGCGUCAGCCCGGCAAAACGAUGCUGGAGUCGUUCGAGGCCUGCGUGAAUCGCGUACUGAACAGUGCCCGCGACAAGGCCGGUGGCUUUGCACAGGAGAGUCUCCUUCCAAGCAACAACAUCAAGCGGAUGGUGUCCGCCGGCAGCAAAGGCUCCUUCAUUAAUGUUUCCCAGAUUGUGGCAUGUGUUGGCCAGCAGAACGUCGAGGGCAAGCGCAUCCCGUACGGCUUUCGUCGCCGAACACUUCCCCAUUUCGUGGUGGACGAUUUGUCACCCGAGGCCCGAGGAUUCGUGGAGAACUCGUACCUCCGGGGACUGACUCCCGAGGAGGUCUUCUUUCAUGCCAUGGGCGGUCGAGAGGGUCUCAUCGACACCGCAGUGAAGACUGCUGAAACCGGCUACAUCCAGAGACGCCUCAUGAAGGCCAUGGAAGACAUUCGGAUUGAAUAUGACGGUACUGUACGCAACUCGCUGGGCGAUGUGAUGCAGUUCCUCUACGGAGAUGAUGCCGCAGACGGGGCCAUGCUGGAGGUGCAGGAGCUGCGCCUUGUGCGCGCAAGUAACCAGGAAAUGGAAGCGCUCUUUCGUUUAGACGUAUACGACCGAGAUUUCGGCCUCGGCUACAUAGAACCUGACCUAAUCGACGCGGUGCGAACGGAUCCUGAAGUGGCGCUCGAGCUCGAAGAAGAGUACCAACAGCUCUUGGCGGAUCGCGAGCAACUCUGCGCGGUCUUUCCCACGGGUGAGGCCAAGUGGCCGCUUAUGGUGAAUGUUCAGCGGUUGAUCCAGAACUGUCGCUCUAUUUUCGGUAUUCAACACGAUACACUGAGCGACUUGCAUCCCCGGCAAAUCAUUCAAGGCGUGCGCGUACUGCUCCAGCGCUGCGUCGUUGUUCCUGGCGACGAUGAGCUCUCCCGCGAGGCCCAGCGGAACGCAGUACUGCUCUUUGCGGCCCACGUGCGGGCAGAGCUCGCCACGAAGCGUGUCCUGCAGAUUCACCGGCUGAACAGCAAAGCUUUUGCCUGGCUUCUCGGCGAGAUUGAGACGCGCUUUGUGCGAGCACGAGCAACACCUGGUGAAAUGGUUGGCGCGGUUGCUGCCCAGUCGCUGGGUGAGCCUGCCACCCAGAUGACCCUGAACACAUUUCAUUUUGCGGGUGUGUCGGCAAAGAACGUCACCCUGGGAGUCCCGCGUCUCAAAGAGCUGAUCAACGUAGCUCGUCAAGCGAAAACUCCAUCUGUUACGGUGUAUCUGAAGAGCGGCAAAGAUAAGGAGCUGGCGAAUAUUGUGCAGAGUGAGCUAGAGCAGUGCCGACUCCGCGACGUGGUCGAAAGCAGCGCCAUCUACUUUGAUCCGGAUCCCGCGAACACCGUUGUGGAAGCGGAUCGGGAAUGGGUCCGCGACUACUUCGACUUGCCCGAUGAGAUGGACCGGCCCGAGCGCUUAUCGCCUUGGCUUUUGCGCAUCGUCCUGAGCACCGAGAUGAUGAUUGACAAACGCCUGCGAUUGAGCGAUGUUGCUCGUCGUCUGCGGGCGGAGUUUGGUGGCGACCUCUCCGUUGUCUAUUCGGAUGACAAUGCCGAGCAACUGGUGAUGCACAUUCGCAUGGCCGGAGACGAGUACGAGAAAGGCGCGCUGGGCGUUCCGAUUCUCGGCGAGUCGGAGCGCCUUGACGAUACACUGAACCUACUGGGGCCUGGCGACAUGACCGCGGGCGGGAACCAGUCGCUAGAGGCACUGGACUCGGGCACCGUUGAGGAGCAAGAUGAUGUUUUUCUGAAGCGUAUUGAACUAGCGCUCCUAGAGGAUAUGCAGCUGAAAGGGAUUCCAGGUAUUCGAAAGGUGUUCCUGCGUCAGACGCAACGUGUUCUCUUUGAUCCCGAGGCAGGAUCUUUUCGCAGUGCGCCUGAGUGGGUGCUAGAUACCGAAGGGACGGCGCUAUUGGCGGUGCUUUCCCAUCCGGAUGUGGAUGCGAGGCGCACGAUUUCCAACGAGAUUACCGAAGUGCUACAAGUGCUCGGGAUUGAGGCUGCUCGGCAAGCGCUUUACAAUGAGAUGUACGCGGUGCUGAGUUUUGAUGGAUCCAGUGUUGGAUACCGGCACUUGGCGUUGCUGGUCGAGGUGAUGACCUGUCGCGGAAUGCUCAUACCUGUAUCUCGAUUCGGAAUUAAUCGACUCGAGACGGGACCAUUGAUGCGCUGCACUUUUGAAGAGACCGUCGAGAUUCUCGCAACCGCGGCGACCUUUGGCGUUCGUGAUGCUUGUGAGGGUGUCUCGCAAGCGGUGAUUCUGGGGCAACGAGCAAAAGUAGGCACCGGGGCCUUUUCACUAACGCUCGACGAGUCUGUACUGAAUCAGGCAGAAACGGAAACGAGCGUUGCUGCAGUGCGGGACGCCCACGUCGGCGGUGUCUUUGCGAAAGCCUAUGCUGCAGCCGACGUGGAUGCAGAUCACUGGACACCAGCGUACACGCCAGGAGCAACGCCUGGGAUGGCCAGCGACGGCUUCGCAGCGCCCUGGACUCCGAGUUUGAACCUCGCGAGUCCGUACGGUUCAUUUUCCCCAGCCGUUGGCUUUAGCCCAGCAACGAGCACAUAUGUCGGUGGUGAUGCGAUGAAGGAUGCCGGUCGGUAUGGGCUCGGUGGAACCUCACCCUUUGCGAGCUUCUCCGCUAGUGCGACGACUCCGAAUUGGGCUCCGAGUCCCGCGGGGGGCGGGACCGGUACGUUGGGCGCAUUUUCGCCAUCGAGUCCCGCCUAUUCGCCAACGAGUCCUCGUUUGGUGUCGCCGACGAGCCCUGCAUACUCACCAACAAGUCCUGCGUAUUCGCCGACGAGCCCUGCAUACUCACCAACAAGUCCUGCGUAUUCGCCGACGAGCCCUGCAUACUCACCAACAAGUCCUGCGUAUUCGCCGACGAGCCCUGCGUAUUCGCCUUCAUCACCGAAUGUUGCAUAUUCGCCUUCAUCACCGAAUGUUGCCUAUUCACCUUCUUCACCGAAUGUUGCCUAUUCACCUUCUUCACCGAAUGUUGCAUAUUCACCUUCUUCACCGAAUGUUGCAUAUUCGCCCUCAUCACCGAAUGUUGCAUAUUCGCCCUCAUCACCGAACGUUGCGUACUCGCCUUCUUCACCGAAUGUUGCAUACUCGCCCUCAUCACCGAAUGUAGCGUAUUCACCUUCUUCACCGGUUGCAUAUUCACCCUCUUCACCGAACGUUGCCUACUCACCCUCAUCACCGAAUGUGGCAUACUCGCCUUCGUCACCGGCGUUUUCACCAUCGUCACCUGUAUAUUCUCCAAAAAACAAAUAG